AUUUAGAUAAAACGGGCGGCUCCUCGAACAAGAGCUGAUCCUGACUGAGGUCGCUGAUGUGGGAACUUUGUGAUUGAGAUGAUUAUCUUUAGUUUACAGUCUCUGGAAACAUAGCAUUUUAUGACAGUCUCGAGUUGCAGCUAACAGUAGAUUUGACUUAAGGUAGCACAGUCGCUGCGUUUGGGAACCACCGCUCUGCAUGUCAGUUUCACCAAACAGUCAAUGGCGAUGAUUGCAGGGUUAGUCUUUCUAUGCAUGCUCCAAGCUGCAAUCCCUCAAAAUCUAGUCCCUCGUGGACCCAGGCCAAUCCCAGGGCGAGGUGACAGUCCAGGACCAACUCCACCUCCACUUCUACCUCCACCCAGACCUCAAGAUUGCAAGAAUGGGAUAAUUGACUGUCCCAUCAGGCUGUUUUUCACCCUCGACACCUCAGAGACCAUCGCCUUACAAGAGGCCCCUCCUGGGAGCCUAGUGCAAAAAAUUAAGGAGUUCACCAGGAUGUUUGCCCAGAGGCUGGGUGAUGAGGAGUACAGGGGCCAGAUCAAGAUCUCCUGGUCCCUAGGAGGCCUGAACUUCUCUGAGACGCAGCAUAUCUUCAGUCAGUUCACAACCAAAGAGAACUUCAUCAGGAACCUCAAUCUGGUUGAAUACGAGGGCAAAGGCACCCACACUGACUGCGCCAUCCGAAGAAUGACUCAGCAUAUGACCCAGCACUACUCAGGGAUAAAAGCCGCCCUCUUCUCUGUGGUAAUCACUGACGGCCAUGUGACAGCAGAGCCAUGUGGAGGAAUAAAGGCGAUGGCAGAGAAGGCCCGUGAAAAAGAGAUCCAGAUUUUCUCAGUGGCAGCAUCCAGGAACAUCGAUGAAUUAGGGAUGAGGGAUUUAGUCGGCUCUCCUUCUGAACUGUACCGCGAUGACUACAUAGCUGUGGACAUCGUUCAAGGAAGACCAGAAAUAAAGACUGAAUCCAUUGAUCGCAUCAUACAAGCCAUGAAACAUCAAGCCUUUUUACAGUGUAAUAAACAUAGGUGCUAUGAGACUCCUGGGCCACCUGGACAUCCAGGACUUCCAGGUCCAAAAGGACGGAAAGGAGACACAGGUAACCCUGGGUCAAGUGGUGAAAAGGGUAAACAGGGUGAUCCCGGCAUUGAAGGUCCAAUUGGACAACCCGGUUCAAAGGGGGAGAUUGGUUGGAAAGGUGACAAGGGUGAAUUCGGAACAGGUGGAGCAAAGGGUGCGGCAGGAGGACCUGGCAUGAAUGGAACUGACGGUCAAAAGGGUAAAAUUGGACGAAUUGGAGCUCCUGGUUGCAAAGGUGAUCCAGGUGACAAGGGACCAGAUGGUUACCCUGGAAAUGUUGGCGACACUGGGCUACCUGGCGACAACGGAGUAAAGGGUGACCCAGGCCUCAAUGGAAAGCCAGGUCCCCCUGGACUUGCGGGUGACCAAGGACCAAAGGGUGAAGAAGGAAAUGCUGGAAAUCCAGGGCCACCGGGAGAAAAGGGACCUCUGGGAAGUCCUGGCAAUUCUGGACCAAAAGGCGAAGGGGGAAGGAGAGGAGAUGCUGGAACAAAGGGAGGACAAGGUCCUGAUGGCCCAAAAGGAGAGAAGGGAGAACGAGGUCCACUGGGAAGCAGAGGUCGUCCCGGAGAAGACGGACUCAAGGGUGCAAAGGGAGACAUAGGACUGCCAGGUCCGAGGGGUCAGCCAGGAGAACCAGGGGCCCCCGGAGGAAAUGGCACCGUGGGAAAUCCUGGAGAUCCAGGAACAAGGGGAGACUCUGGGCCCCCUGGACCAGAUGGUGACAAAGGAAGACCGGGAUUCAACUAUCCUGGAUCAAGAGGAUCCACUGGAGACCGAGGUGAUCCAGGUAGAAAAGGACCCAGGGGGGGCAGAGGUGAAUGUGGAGCCAAAGGAGAACCUGGAGAUAAAGGAUCACCUGGAGAACCUGGGGAGCCAGGUCAGUCAGGCGCGCCAGGAGAGAGAGGACCCAGAGGCGAAACUGGAACUGAUGGGGGCCCAGGACCAGAGGGCGAUCCGGGGCUUAAUGACUGUGAUGUCAUGGCUUAUAUCAGGGAGACGUGUGGUUGUUGUGACUGUGAGAAGCACUGUGGAGCUCUGGACAUUGUAUUUGUAAUUGAUAGCUCAGAGAGCGUUGGGCUGACAAACUUCACCCUGGAAAAGAACUUUGUUAUCAACACCGUCAACAGGCUGGGAUCUAUGGCCAGCGACCCUGCGUCAUCAACCGGCACAAGAGUUGGAGUUGUACAGUUCAGUCACAACGGGACCUUUGAGGCCAUUCGCCUCAAUGACCCAAACAUCAACUCUAUUUCUGACUUUAAAACGGCAGUGAAGGAGCUAAAGUGGAUUGCCGGGGGCACUUUCACACCCUCAGCUCUCAAGUUUGCCUAUGAUACACUCAUCAGGGAUGGCAAGAGAGCCCAAGCCAAAGUAUCGGUGGUGGUGAUCACAGAUGGCCGAUAUGACCCCCGCGACAAUGAAGAUCUGCUCUACCUUUGCAACAACAGUGUGGUGGUGAAUGCCAUUGGGGUUGGUGAUAUGUUUCAAAAUAAACAGGAUGAUAAUAUCCUGGGUUCGAUCGCGUGCAACAAGCAGGAACGCGUCACUGGGAUGAAGCGAUACGUUGACUUGGUGGCUGAGGACUUCAUAGAGAAGAUGGAGACUGUGCUCUGUCCCAAUCCUGAGAUUGUGUGCCCUGAUCUUCCCUGUAAGAGUGAACCUGAUGUAGCACCAUGUGUCCAGCGACCAGUGGAUUUGGUAUUUCUACUAGAUGGCUCAGAGCGACUGGGGAUGGAGAACUUCCGGCAUGUACGUGAAUUUGUGGAGGAGGUGGCAGAAAGACUGGGACUGGCUGAGAGCCAGACUGAUCGUAUGCGAGCCCGCUUGGCACUGAUAGAGUUUGGCAAAGAAGACGAGAACCACGUGGCCUUUCCUCUCACACACGACCGUGCUAUCAUCGCCGACGGCUUAGCACGUUUACCUUAUCUGGAUUCUUCUUCAAGCGUAGGGCCUGCCAUCCUCAACACCAUUGACAACAUCUUGGGUAGAGAAAAUGCACGCCAGACUAGACGCAACGCAGAGGUUUCAUUUGUUUUCAUCACAGACGGCGUCACUGACAGCAAAAACCUGGACGAAGCGGUUAGUGCCAUGCGCAGAGCCCAGAUUGUCUCCACAGUGGUAGCCACAAGAAGUGACAUUGACCAAAAAGUCCUAGUGAAGCUGGCCAUGAAUGACCAGAACGCCAUCUUUAAAGCAAAAGACUUCUCUGCUCUGCCUCAAUCCAGUUUGUUUGACCGUUUCAUCCAGUGGGUGUGUUAA